GUUUUUAACUGAACAGCUGUCUUUUGCAUCGUCGUGAUAGAAAUGUGUGGUCAGGCCUAAAACAUAACUAACACCAGUAAAACCGUUGUUUUGGUCGAGGCGCGUUAAGAUAAAUCUAGUCUACGUCAAAGAGUCGACGAGAAUAUGAGAAACUAAAAUUCAGGCAAAUUCAGGGACACCGUUUUAAGGUCUUUUCACAACGGCACAUUUCCGGACGCAGUUUAAUGAAACCUGUAAUCACAACAUCGUCAUCACAACAACAUUCCUCUGCAGCGGACUAGACAGAAUAAGAAUCAAUAAAAUGACACUUGCGGUGCACAAGUGAAACUAUAAAAGCUGAAUAGCCACUCCGGCUCGUGACCGCGGCUAUAGUGGAGCGGGACGUCGCUAUUGCGGGGCCCGGGAGCCUGGGGGUGUCGGUUUCCAUACCCGGACUGGUGGCGGACGGCAUGGCUUCGGGCAAAGGAGCAUCCAGGGGCCCAUCGCUGUGGGACAACAUGCGCUUGCGCUUCAUCGUGUGUUUUCUGGGCGUCUUCGUGUGUUAUUUCUAUUAUGGAAUUUUGCAAGAAACCAUUACAAGAGGUGAUUAUGGCCACGGCGACCAAAAGGAGAAGUUUCGAUUUGCCAGGACCUUGGUGUUCAUCCAGUGCAUCAUUAACGCACUGUUUGCCAGGAUACUGAUUCAGUUCUUCGAGGGUCCCAAGCCAGACUUCACCAGGAGCUGGCUGUACGCCCUUUGUUCCCUCUCCUACGUGGGAGCCAUGGUGUCCAGUAACUCUGCCUUACAAUAUGUCAACUACCCCACACAGGUGCUGGGAAAAUCUUGCAAGCCAAUCCCAGUGAUGAUCUUGGGGGUGACCAUCUUGAGGAAGCGCUACCCGAUGGCCAAGUACUUGUGCGUGCUUCUGAUCGUGAGCGGGGUAGCGCUCUUUCUAUACAAGCCCAACAAGAGCUCAGCUGUGGCGGAGGACCACAUCUUUGGCUUCGGAGAGAUCCUCUUGCUAGUUUCUCUCACGCUGGAUGGCCUGACAGGUGUGGCUCAGGACCACAUGAGGACCCGCUUCCAAACCAGCGCCAACCACAUGAUGCUCAACAUCAAUCUGUGGUCCACGGUGCUCCUAGGACUGGUUGUGCUGUGGACCGGUGAGGUGUGGGACUUCCUGAGCUUUACUGAACGUUACCCGAGCAUCUUGUACAACAUCCUCCUGUUUGGAUUGACCAGUGCGUUGGGCCAGACGUUCAUCUUCAUGACGGUGGUUUACUUCGGACCUUUGACGUGCUCCAUCGUCACCACCACCAGGAAGUUUUUCACUAUCCUGGGCUCCGUCCUUCUCUUUGGGAAUCAAAUGAGCGACAUGCAGUGGGUCGGCACCAUCCUGGUGUUCCUCGGUCUUGGUUUGGACGCUAAAUUUGGCAAAGGACCCAAGAAGACGACAUACUAAGACACCCAUCACGAGUCGGAACCUUCUUACACAGGCUGCAACUUCUAUGACCUCAUUUUUAAUUCAUACAAACUCCUCCGUUUUAACGCAUUCAUCAAGGACAAAACAUUUCAGCCUCUCCAAGUCACGAAUUGACCAAAAAAUGGCAUCAUGUUUCAGUAUCAUGUUCAAGGCCAAUAAUUACCCAUGUCAAUUGUCAUUUAUAAAGCAUAGGAGUCUUGGUUGAAUGUUUUUUUUCUACAAAUGAUCGGAUACUUUCAUUAAAAGGGAACUAGUCACCUUUCAUCGUAUUCCAAUUCAUUGGCGACAGCGACUCCUGUUGCCGCUUACUGGUGGUACAGUCACUCUGGUGGCCACGCUCAUCAAGCGUUCGAUCUUGACGAUAGUCAUCCUCUGAUGAUUUAAAGACACGACGCAAAACGUCAUUAAAACGCCGUUUUGAUACAUUUAUAUAAAUUACGUGUGACUGUGACGUCUUAAUAUGGAAGAUACCUGAAAGGACACAUUUGAAGGAAACCUCAACAAUGGCAACCUCUGACAGCUCCAAAUAUGAACCCAACCAUGAAUUAAGAAAACGGCACAAAUGUAACCUUUCAGGACGUAAACUGUUUCCUCCCUACUGUAUAAAAUCUAGUCGAGUUAUAGUGAUCACUUGAGCGUUUUUGCAACUUUUUGUCAGGCAAUCACCUCGGCGUCCUAUUUGAGCGCCGCCUGCCCGCCUGACUGCCUGCCUGCCUGUCUUCCUUCGGCUCAAACUGGCGGAUUAAACAACUCCGUUUUUGGCCAGACUUCUUUUAAUCCAUCAUCUGUGUACAAAUUGGGAGAAGCUACACCCUACAUCAGGAUGUUGGCUACAGUCCGCAAGCAACUGAUCAACCACCCGGCUCUGGGAUCGGAAGAACAACCCCGAGCCAUGGAACAAAAUGUCCCCGACUGAUCAGUACAAGUUCUACACAGUCAACACGGACUACAGCAAACUGAAGAAGCAAGGUCCCGACUUCUAAAGCGUCUCUCGUCCGCUGGAGCAAACGCACAAGUGCACUGUUGGACGCGCAUCAUGAGUCAUAUUUAAGUUUCAUCAUCGCGUCUCCUUUUAUUUGAAAGCGUGCUCGUCUUCACUUUUGAGUGCGUCAAUAAAGCGAAAGGAGUCUUUCUCCUCCUGACAAGAGAAAA